AUGAAGCGAUUUUUUAGAAUCGUGGUCGUCAUUCCCAAGGUGGCUCUCGCAGUCGCCAGCCUUCCUCGCCGCUCUACCGCCGCUGCUCUCCGCUCGCCACGCGUCGUCCAUCCGCCCACCCACCACCAAGCAGCAACCACCCCCUUCGCCUGCUCCCUCCAUCGCCAUUCCGCGGAAGCAGCAAGCGCCAUGAAAUGCAGCAGUGAACAAUCACGUGAGCAUGGCAGCGAGGCAGAGAAGAAACGGGCAAGUGGCGUUCAGAGGCGUUCAGUCGCACGCAGCACCACUGGACGUGCCGCCCCACUCGCCAUUCGCCUUGCCCUGCGUGCAGAUAAGUACCCUCGCCGUGCAGUGCCGUGUGUUCUCCAUGCCACGCGCCCCUCUCCAUGCCUCAUCACAUCCCACGCGCCCCUCUCCAUGCCUCAUCACAUCCCACGCGCCCCUCUCCAUGCCUCAUCACAUCCCACGCGCCCCUCUCCAUGCCUCAUCACAUCCCACGCGCCCCUCUCCAUGCCUCAUCACAUCCCACGCGCCCCUCUCCAUGCCUCAUCACAUCCCACGCGCCCCUCUCCAUGCCUCAUCACAUCCCACGCGCCCCUCUCCAUGCCUCAUCACAUCCCACGCGCCCCUCUCCAUGCCUCAUCACAUCCCACGCGCCCCUCUCCAUGCCUCAUCACAUCCCACGCGCCCCUCUCCAUGCCUCAUCACAUCCCACGCGCCCCUCUCCAUGCCUCAUCACAUCCCACGCGCCCCUCUCCAUGCCUCAUCACAUCCCACGCGCCCCUCUCCAUGCCUCAUCACAUCCCACGCGCCCCUCUCCAUGCCUCAUCACAUCCCACGCGCCCCUCUCCAUGCCUCAUCACAUCCCACGCGCCCCUCUCCAUGCCUCAUCACAUCCCACGCGCCCCUCUCCAUGCCUCAUCACAUCCCACGCGCCCCUCUCCAUGCCUCAUCACAUCCCACGCGCCCCUCUCCAUGCCUCAUCACAUCCCACGCGCCCCUCUCCAUGCCUCAUCACAUCCCACGCGCCCCUCUCCAUGCCUCAUCACAUCCCACGCGCCCCUCUCCAUGCCUCAUCACAUCCCACGCGCCCCUCUCCAUGCCUCAUCACAUCCCACGCGCCCCUCUCCAUGCCUCAUCACAUCCCACGCGCCCCUCUCCAUGCCUCAUCACAUCCCACGCGCCCCUCUCCAUGCCUCAUCACAUCCCACGCGCCCCUCUCCAUGCCUCAUCACAUCCCACGCGCCCCUCUCCAUGCCUCAUCACAUCCCACGCGCCCCUCUCCAUGCCUCAUCACAUCCCACGCGCCCCUCUCCAUGCCUCAUCACAUCCCACGCGCCCCUCUCCAUGCCUCAUCACAUCCCACGCGCCCCUCUCCAUGCCUCAUCACAUCCCACGCGCCCCUCUCCAUGCCUCAUCACAUCCCACGCGCCCCUCUCCAUGCCUCAUCACAUCCCACGCGCCCCUCUCCAUGCCUCAUCACAUCCCACGCGCCCCUCUCCAUGCCUCAUCACAUCCCACGCGCCCCUCUCCAUGCCUCAUCACAUCCCACGCGCCCCUCUCCAUGCCUCAUCACAUCCCACGCGCCCCUCUCCAUGCCUCAUCACAUCCCACGCGCCCCUCUCCAUGCCUCAUCACAUCCCACGCGCCCCUCUCCAUGCCUCAUCACAUCCCACGCGCCCCUCUCCAUGCCUCAUCACAUCCCACGCGCCCCUCUCCAUGCCUCAUCACAUCCCACGCGCCCCUCUCCAUGCCUCAUCACAUCCCACGCGCCCCUCUCCAUGCCUCAUCACAUCCCACGCGCCCCUCUCCAUGCCUCAUCACAUCCCACGCGCCCCUCUCCAUGCCUCAUCACAUCCCACGCGCCCCUCUCCAUGCCUCAUCACAUCCCACGCGCCCCUCUCCAUGCCUCAUCACAUCCCACGCGCCCCUCUCCAUGCCUCAUCACAUCCCACGCGCCCCUCUCCAUGCCUCAUCACAUCCCACGCGCCCCUCUCCAUGCCUCAUCACAUCCCACGCGCCCCUCUCCAUGCCUCAUCACAUCCCACGCGCCCCUCUCCAUGCCUCAUCACAUCCCACGCGCCCCUCUCCAUGCCUCAUCACAUCCCACGCGCCCCUCUCCAUGCCUCAUCACAUCCCACGCGCCCCUCUCCAUGCCUCAUCACAUCCCACGCGCCCCUCUCCAUGCCUCAUCACAUCCCACGCGCCCCUCUCCAUGCCUCAUCACAUCCCACGCGCCCCUCUCCAUGCCUCAUCACAUCCCACGCGCCCCUCUCCAUGCCUCAUCACAUCCCACGCGCCCCUCUCCAUGCCUCAUCACAUCCCACGCGCCCCUCUCCAUGCCUCAUCACAUCCCACGCGCCCCUCUCCAUGCCUCAUCACAUCCCACGCGCCCCUCUCCAUGCCUCAUCACAUCCCACGCGCCCCUCUCCAUGCCUCAUCACAUCCCACGCGCCCCUCUCCAUGCCUCAUCACAUCCCACGCGCCCCUCUCCAUGCCUCAUCACAUCCCACGCGCCCCUCUCCAUGCCUCAUCACAUCCCACGCGCCCCUCUCCAUGCCUCAUCACAUCCCACGCGCCCCUCUCCAUGCCUCAUCACAUCCCACGCGCCCCUCUCCAUGCCUCAUCACAUCCCACGCGCCCCUCUCCAUGCCUCAUCACAUCCCACGCGCCCCUCUCCAUGCCUCAUCACAUCCCACGCGCCCCUCUCCAUGCCUCAUCACAUCCCACGCGCCCCUCUCCAUGCCUCAUCACAUCCCACGCGCCCCUCUCCAUGCCUCAUCACAUCCCACGCGCCCCUCUCCAUGCCUCAUCACAUCCCACGCGCCCCUCUCCAUGCCUCAUCACAUCCCACGCGCCCCUCUCCAUGCCUCAUCACAUCCCACGCGCCCCUCUCCAUGCCUCAUCACAUCCCACGCGCCCCUCUCCAUGCCUCAUCACAUCCCACGCGCCCCUCUCCAUGCCUCAUCACAUCCCACGCGCCCCUCUCCAUGCCUCAUCACAUCCCACGCGCCCCUCUCCAUGCCUCAUCACAUCCCACGCGCCCCUCUCCAUGCCUCAUCACAUCCCACGCGCCCCUCUCCAUGCCUCAUCACAUCCCACGCGCCCCUCUCCAUGCCUCAUCACAUCCCACGCGCCCCUCUCCAUGCCUCAUCACAUCCCACGCGCCCCUCUCCAUGCCUCAUCACAUCCCACGCGCCCCUCUCCAUGCCUCAUCACAUCCCACGCGCCCCUCUCCAUGCCUCAUCACAUCCCACGCGCCCCUCUCCAUGCCUCAUCACAUCCCACGCGCCCCUCUCCAUGCCUCAUCACAUCCCACGCGCCCCUCUCCAUGCCUCAUCACAUCCCACGCGCCCCUCUCCAUGCCUCAUCACAUCCCACGCGCCCCUCUCCAUGCCUCAUCACAUCCCACGCGCCCCUCUCCAUGCCUCAUCACAUCCCACGCGCCCCUCUCCAUGCCUCAUCACAUCCCACGCGCCCCUCUCCAUGCCUCAUCACAUCCCACGCGCCCCUCUCCAUGCCUCAUCACAUCCCACGCGCCCCUCUCCAUGCCUCAUCACAUCCCACGCGCCCCUCUCCAUGCCUCAUCACAUCCCACGCGCCCCUCUCCAUGCCUCAUCACAUCCCACGCGCCCCUCUCCAUGCCUCAUCACAUCCCACGCGCCCCUCUCCAUGCCUCAUCACAUCCCACGCGCCCCUCUCCAUGCCUCAUCACAUCCCACGCGCCCCUCUCCAUGCCUCAUCACAUCCCACGCGCCCCUCUCCAUGCCUCAUCACAUCCCACGCGCCCCUCUCCAUGCCUCAUCACAUCCCACGCGCCCCUCUCCAUGCCUCAUCACAUCCCACGCGCCCCUCUCCAUGCCUCAUCACAUCCCACGCGCCCCUCUCCAUGCCUCAUCACAUCCCACGCGCCCCUCUCCAUGCCUCAUCACAUCCCACGCGCCCCUCUCCAUGCCUCAUCACAUCCCACGCGCCCCUCUCCAUGCCUCAUCACAUCCCACGCGCCCCUCUCCAUGCCUCAUCACAUCCCACGCGCCCCUCUCCAUGCCUCAUCACAUCCCACGCGCCCCUCUCCAUGCCUCAUCACAUCCCACGCGCCCCUCUCCAUGCCUCAUCACAUCCCACGCGCCCCUCUCCAUGCCUCAUCACAUCCCACGCGCCCCUCUCCAUGCCUCAUCACAUCCCACGCGCCCCUCUCCAUGCCUCAUCACAUCCCACGCGCCCCUCUCCAUGCCUCAUCACAUCCCACGCGCCCCUCUCCAUGCCUCAUCACAUCCCACGCGCCCCUCUCCAUGCCUCAUCACAUCCCACGCGCCCCUCUCCAUGCCUCAUCACAUCCCACGCGCCCCUCUCCAUGCCUCAUCACAUCCCACGCGCCCCUCUCCAUGCCUCAUCACAUCCCACGCGCCCCUCUCCAUGCCUCAUCACAUCCCACGCGCCCCUCUCCAUGCCUCAUCACAUCCCACGCGCCCCUCUCCAUGCCUCAUCACAUCCCACGCGCCCCUCUCCAUGCCUCAUCACAUCCCACGCGCCCCUCUCCAUGCCUCAUCACAUCCCACGCGCCCCUCUCCAUGCCUCAUCACAUCCCACGCGCCCCUCUCCAUGCCUCAUCACAUCCCACGCGCCCCUCUCCAUGCCUCAUCACAUCCCACGCGCCCCUCUCCAUGCCUCAUCACAUCCCACGCGCCCCUCUCCAUGCCUCAUCACAUCCCACGCGCCCCUCUCCAUGCCUCAUCACAUCCCACGCGCCCCUCUCCAUGCCUCAUCACAUCCCACGCGCCCCUCUCCAUGCCUCAUCACAUCCCACGCGCCCCUCUCCAUGCCUCAUCACAUCCCACGCGCCCCUCUCCAUGCCUCAUCACAUCCCACGCGCCCCUCUCCAUGCCUCAUCACAUCCCACGCGCCCCUCUCCAUGCCUCAUCACAUCCCACGCGCCCCUCUCCAUGCCUCAUCACAUCCCACGCGCCCCUCUCCAUGCCUCAUCACAUCCCACGCGCCCCUCUCCAUGCCUCAUCACAUCCCACGCGCCCCUCUCCAUGCCUCAUCACAUCCCACGCGCCCCUCUCCAUGCCUCAUCACAUCCCACGCGCCCCUCUCCAUGCCUCAUCACAUCCCACGCGCCCCUCUCCAUGCCUCAUCACAUCCCACGCGCCCCUCUCCAUGCCUCAUCACAUCCCACGCGCCCCUCUCCAUGCCUCAUCACAUCCCACGCGCCCCUCUCCAUGCCUCAUCACAUCCCACGCGCCCCUCUCCAUGCCUCAUCACAUCCCACGCGCCCCUCUCCAUGCCUCAUCACAUCCCACGCGCCCCUCUCCAUGCCUCAUCACAUCCCACGCGCCCCUCUCCAUGCCUCAUCACAUCCCACGCGCCCCUCUCCAUGCCUCAUCACAUCCCACGCGCCCCUCUCCAUGCCUCAUCACAUCCCACGCGCCCCUCUCCAUGCCUCAUCACAUCCCACGCGCCCCUCUCCAUGCCUCAUCACAUCCCACGCGCCCCUCUCCAUGCCUCAUCACAUCCCACGCGCCCCUCUCCAUGCCUCAUCACAUCCCACGCGCCCCUCUCCAUGCCUCAUCACAUCCCACGCGCCCCUCUCCAUGCCUCAUCACAUCCCACGCGCCCCUCUCCAUGCCUCAUCACAUCCCACGCGCCCCUCUCCAUGCCUCAUCACAUCCCACGCGCCCCUCUCCAUGCCUCAUCACAUCCCACGCGCCCCUCUCCAUGCCUCAUCACAUCCCACGCGCCCCUCUCCAUGCCUCAUCACAUCCCACGCGCCCCUCUCCAUGCCUCAUCACAUCCCACGCGCCCCUCUCCAUGCCUCAUCACAUCCCACGCGCCCCUCUCCAUGCCUCAUCACAUCCCACGCGCCCCUCUCCAUGCCUCAUCACAUCCCACGCGCCCCUCUCCAUGCCUCAUCACAUCCCACGCGCCCCUCUCCAUGCCUCAUCACAUCCCACGCGCCCCUCUCCAUGCCUCAUCACAUCCCACGCGCCCCUCUCCAUGCCUCAUCACAUCCCACGCGCCCCUCUCCAUGCCUCAUCACAUCCCACGCGCCCCUCUCCAUGCCUCAUCACAUCCCACGCGCCCCUCUCCAUGCCUCAUCACAUCCCACGCGCCCCUCUCCAUGCCUCAUCACAUCCCACGCGCCCCUCUCCAUGCCUCAUCACAUCCCACGCGCCCCUCUCCAUGCCUCAUCACAUCCCACGCGCCCCUCUCCAUGCCUCAUCACAUCCCACGCGCCCCUCUCCAUGCCUCAUCACAUCCCACGCGCCCCUCUCCAUGCCUCAUCACAUCCCACGCGCCCCUCUCCAUGCCUCAUCACAUCCCACGCGCCCCUCUCCAUGCCUCAUCACAUCCCACGCGCCCCUCUCCAUGCCUCAUCACAUCCCACGCGCCCCUCUCCAUGCCUCAUCACAUCCCACGCGCCCCUCUCCAUGCCUCAUCACAUCCCACGCGCCCCUCUCCAUGCCUCAUCACAUCCCACGCGCCCCUCUCCAUGCCUCAUCACAUCCCACGCGCCCCUCUCCAUGCCUCAUCACAUCCCACGCGCCCCUCUCCAUGCCUCAUCACAUCCCACGCGCCCCUCUCCAUGCCUCAUCACAUCCCACGCGCCCCUCUCCAUGCCUCAUCACAUCCCACGCGCCCCUCUCCAUGCCUCAUCACAUCCCACGCGCCCCUCUCCAUGCCUCAUCACAUCCCACGCGCCCCUCUCCAUGCCUCAUCACAUCCCACGCGCCCCUCUCCAUGCCUCAUCACAUCCCACGCGCCCCUCUCCAUGCCUCAUCACAUCCCACGCGCCCCUCUCCAUGCCUCAUCACAUCCCACGCGCCCCUCUCCAUGCCUCAUCACAUCCCACGCGCCCCUCUCCAUGCCUCAUCACAUCCCACGCGCCCCUCUCCAUGCCUCAUCACAUCCCACGCGCCCCUCUCCAUGCCUCAUCACAUCCCACGCGCCCCUCUCCAUGCCUCAUCACAUCCCACGCGCCCCUCUCCAUGCCUCAUCACAUCCCACGCGCCCCUCUCCAUGCCUCAUCACAUCCCACGCGCCCCUCUCCAUGCCUCAUCACAUCCCACGCGCCCCUCUCCAUGCCUCAUCACAUCCCACGCGCCCCUCUCCAUGCCUCAUCACAUCCCACGCGCCCCUCUCCAUGCCUCAUCACAUCCCACGCGCCCCUCUCCAUGCCUCAUCACAUCCCACGCGCCCCUCUCCAUGCCUCAUCACAUCCCACGCGCCCCUCUCCAUGCCUCAUCACAUCCCACGCGCCCCUCUCCAUGCCUCAUCACAUCCCACGCGCCCCUCUCCAUGCCUCAUCACAUCCCACGCGCCCCUCUCCAUGCCUCAUCACAUCCCACGCGCCCCUCUCCAUGCCUCAUCACAUCCCACGCGCCCCUCUCCAUGCCUCAUCACAUCCCACGCGCCCCUCUCCAUGCCUCAUCACAUCCCACGCGCCCCUCUCCAUGCCUCAUCACAUCCCACGCGCCCCUCUCCAUGCCUCAUCACAUCCCACGCGCCCCUCUCCAUGCCUCAUCACAUCCCACGCGCCCCUCUCCAUGCCUCAUCACAUCCCACGCGCCCCUCUCCAUGCCUCAUCACAUCCCACGCGCCCCUCUCCAUGCCUCAUCACAUCCCACGCGCCCCUCUCCAUGCCUCAUCACAUCCCACGCGCCCCUCUCCAUGCCUCAUCACAUCCCACGCGCCCCUCUCCAUGCCUCAUCACAUCCCACGCGCCCCUCUCCAUGCCUCAUCACAUCCCACGCGCCCCUCUCCAUGCCUCAUCACAUCCCACGCGCCCCUCUCCAUGCCUCAUCACAUCCCACGCGCCCCUCUCCAUGCCUCAUCACAUCCCACGCGCCCCUCUCCAUGCCUCAUCACAUCCCACGCGCCCCUCUCCAUGCCUCAUCACAUCCCACGCGCCCCUCUCCAUGCCUCAUCACAUCCCACGCGCCCCUCUCCAUGCCUCAUCACAUCCCACGCGCCCCUCUCCAUGCCUCAUCACAUCCCACGCGCCCCUCUCCAUGCCUCAUCACAUCCCACGCGCCCCUCUCCAUGCCUCAUCACAUCCCACGCGCCCCUCUCCAUGCCUCAUCACAUCCCACGCGCCCCUCUCCAUGCCUCAUCACAUCCCACGCGCCCCUCUCCAUGCCUCAUCACAUCCCACGCGCCCCUCUCCAUGCCUCAUCACAUCCCACGCGCCCCUCUCCAUGCCUCAUCACAUCCCACGCGCCCCUCUCCAUGCCUCAUCACAUCCCACGCGCCCCUCUCCAUGCCUCAUCACAUCCCACGCGCCCCUCUCCAUGCCUCAUCACAUCCCACGCGCCCCUCUCCAUGCCUCAUCACAUCCCACGCGCCCCUCUCCAUGCCUCAUCACAUCCCACGCGCCCCUCUCCAUGCCUCAUCACAUCCCACGCGCCCCUCUCCAUGCCUCAUCACAUCCCACGCGCCCCUCUCCAUGCCUCAUCACAUCCCACGCGCCCCUCUCCAUGCCUCAUCACAUCCCACGCGCCCCUCUCCAUGCCUCAUCACAUCCCACGCGCCCCUCUCCAUGCCUCAUCACAUCCCACGCGCCCCUCUCCAUGCCUCAUCACAUCCCACGCGCCCCUCUCCAUGCCUCAUCACAUCCCACGCGCCCCUCUCCAUGCCUCAUCACAUCCCACGCGCCCCUCUCCAUGCCUCAUCACAUCCCACGCGCCCCUCUCCAUGCCUCAUCACAUCCCACGCGCCCCUCUCCAUGCCUCAUCACAUCCCACGCGCCCCUCUCCAUGCCUCAUCACAUCCCACGCGCCCCUCUCCAUGCCUCAUCACAUCCCACGCGCCCCUCUCCAUGCCUCAUCACAUCCCACGCGCCCCUCUCCAUGCCUCAUCACAUCCCACGCGCCCCUCUCCAUGCCUCAUCACAUCCCACGCGCCCCUCUCCAUGCCUCAUCACAUCCCACGCGCCCCUCUCCAUGCCUCAUCACAUCCCACGCGCCCCUCUCCAUGCCUCAUCACAUCCCACGCGCCCCUCUCCAUGCCUCAUCACAUCCCACGCGCCCCUCUCCAUGCCUCAUCACAUCCCACGCGCCCCUCUCCAUGCCUCAUCACAUCCCACGCGCCCCUCUCCAUGCCUCAUCACAUCCCACGCGCCCCUCUCCAUGCCUCAUCACAUCCCACGCGCCCCUCUCCAUGCCUCAUCACAUCCCACGCGCCCCUCUCCAUGCCUCAUCACAUCCCACGCGCCCCUCUCCAUGCCUCAUCACAUCCCACGCGCCCCUCUCCAUGCCUCAUCACAUCCCACGCGCCCCUCUCCAUGCCUCAUCACAUCCCACGCGCCCCUCUCCAUGCCUCAUCACAUCCCACGCGCCCCUCUCCAUGCCUCAUCACAUCCCACGCGCCCCUCUCCAUGCCUCAUCACAUCCCACGCGCCCCUCUCCAUGCCUCAUCACAUCCCACGCGCCCCUCUCCAUGCCUCAUCACAUCCCACGCGCCCCUCUCCAUGCCUCAUCACAUCCCACGCGCCCCUCUCCAUGCCUCAUCACAUCCCACGCGCCCCUCUCCAUGCCUCAUCACAUCCCACGCGCCCCUCUCCAUGCCUCAUCACAUCCCACGCGCCCCUCUCCAUGCCUCAUCACAUCCCACGCGCCCCUCUCCAUGCCUCAUCACAUCCCACGCGCCCCUCUCCAUGCCUCAUCACAUCCCACGCGCCCCUCUCCAUGCCUCAUCACAUCCCACGCGCCCCUCUCCAUGCCUCAUCACAUCCCACGCGCCCCUCUCCAUGCCUCAUCACAUCCCACGCGCCCCUCUCCAUGCCUCAUCACAUCCCACGCGCCCCUCUCCAUGCCUCAUCACAUCCCACGCGCCCCUCUCCAUGCCUCAUCACAUCCCACGCGCCCCUCUCCAUGCCUCAUCACAUCCCACGCGCCCCUCUCCAUGCCUCAUCACAUCCCACGCGCCCCUCUCCAUGCCUCAUCACAUCCCACGCGCCCCUCUCCAUGCCUCAUCACAUCCCACGCGCCCCUCUCCAUGCCUCAUCACAUCCCACGCGCCCCUCUCCAUGCCUCAUCACAUCCCACGCGCCCCUCUCCAUGCCUCAUCACAUCCCACGCGCCCCUCUCCAUGCCUCAUCACAUCCCACGCGCCCCUCUCCAUGCCUCAUCACAUCCCACGCGCCCCUCUCCAUGCCUCAUCACAUCCCACGCGCCCCUCUCCAUGCCUCAUCACAUCCCACGCGCCCCUCUCCAUGCCUCAUCACAUCCCACGCGCCCCUCUCCAUGCCUCAUCACAUCCCACGCGCCCCUCUCCAUGCCUCAUCACAUCCCACGCGCCCCUCUCCAUGCCUCAUCACAUCCCACGCGCCCCUCUCCAUGCCUCAUCACAUCCCACGCGCCCCUCUCCAUGCCUCAUCACAUCCCACGCGCCCCUCUCCAUGCCUCAUCACAUCCCACGCGCCCCUCUCCAUGCCUCAUCACAUCCCACGCGCCCCUCUCCAUGCCUCAUCACAUCCCACGCGCCCCUCUCCAUGCCUCAUCACAUCCCACGCGCCCCUCUCCAUGCCUCAUCACAUCCCACGCGCCCCUCUCCAUGCCUCAUCACAUCCCACGCGCCCCUCUCCAUGCCUCAUCACAUCCCACGCGCCCCUCUCCAUGCCUCAUCACAUCCCACGCGCCCCUCUCCAUGCCUCAUCACAUCCCACGCGCCCCUCUCCAUGCCUCAUCACAUCCCACGCGCCCCUCUCCAUGCCUCAUCACAUCCCACGCGCCCCUCUCCAUGCCUCAUCACAUCCCACGCGCCCCUCUCCAUGCCUCAUCACAUCCCACGCGCCCCUCUCCAUGCCUCAUCACAUCCCACGCGCCCCUCUCCAUGCCUCAUCACAUCCCACGCGCCCCUCUCCAUGCCUCAUCACAUCCCACGCGCCCCUCUCCAUGCCUCAUCACAUCCCACGCGCCCCUCUCCAUGCCUCAUCACAUCCCACGCGCCCCUCUCCAUGCCUCAUCACAUCCCACGCGCCCCUCUCCAUGCCUCAUCACAUCCCACGCGCCCCUCUCCAUGCCUCAUCACAUCCCACGCGCCCCUCUCCAUGCCUCAUCACAUCCCACGCGCCCCUCUCCAUGCCUCAUCACAUCCCACGCGCCCCUCUCCAUGCCUCAUCACAUCCCACGCGCCCCUCUCCAUGCCUCAUCACAUCCCACGCGCCCCUCUCCAUGCCUCAUCACAUCCCACGCGCCCCUCUCCAUGCCUCAUCACAUCCCACGCGCCCCUCUCCAUGCCUCAUCACAUCCCACGCGCCCCUCUCCAUGCCUCAUCACAUCCCACGCGCCCCUCUCCAUGCCUCAUCACAUCCCACGCGCCCCUCUCCAUGCCUCAUCACAUCCCACGCGCCCCUCUCCAUGCCUCAUCACAUCCCACGCGCCCCUCUCCAUGCCUCAUCACAUCCCACGCGCCCCUCUCCAUGCCUCAUCACAUCCCACGCGCCCCUCUCCAUGCCUCAUCACAUCCCACGCGCCCCUCUCCAUGCCUCAUCACAUCCCACGCGCCCCUCUCCAUGCCUCAUCACAUCCCACGCGCCCCUCUCCAUGCCUCAUCACAUCCCACGCGCCCCUCUCCAUGCCUCAUCACAUCCCACGCGCCCCUCUCCAUGCCUCAUCACAUCCCACGCGCCCCUCUCCAUGCCUCAUCACAUCCCACGCGCCCCUCUCCAUGCCUCAUCACAUCCCACGCGCCCCUCUCCAUGCCUCAUCACAUCCCACGCGCCCCUCUCCAUGCCUCAUCACAUCCCACGCGCCCCUCUCCAUGCCUCAUCACAUCCCACGCGCCCCUCUCCAUGCCUCAUCACAUCCCACGCGCCCCUCUCCAUGCCUCAUCACAUCCCACGCGCCCCUCUCCAUGCCUCAUCACAUCCCACGCGCCCCUCUCCAUGCCUCAUCACAUCCCACGCGCCCCUCUCCAUGCCUCAUCACAUCCCACGCGCCCCUCUCCAUGCCUCAUCACAUCCCACGCGCCCCUCUCCAUGCCUCAUCACAUCCCACGCGCCCCUCUCCAUGCCUCAUCACAUCCCACGCGCCCCUCUCCAUGCCUCAUCACAUCCCACGCGCCCCUCUCCAUGCCUCAUCACAUCCCACGCGCCCCUCUCCAUGCCUCAUCACAUCCCACGCGCCCCUCUCCAUGCCUCAUCACAUCCCACGCGCCCCUCUCCAUGCCUCAUCACAUCCCACGCGCCCCUCUCCAUGCCUCAUCACAUCCCACGCGCCCCUCUCCAUGCCUCAUCACAUCCCACGCGCCCCUCUCCAUGCCUCAUCACAUCCCACGCGCCCCUCUCCAUGCCUCAUCACAUCCCACGCGCCCCUCUCCAUGCCUCAUCACAUCCCACGCGCCCCUCUCCAUGCCUCAUCACAUCCCACGCGCCCCUCUCCAUGCCUCAUCACAUCCCACGCGCCCCUCUCCAUGCCUCAUCACAUCCCACGCGCCCCUCUCCAUGCCUCAUCACAUCCCACGCGCCCCUCUCCAUGCCUCAUCACAUCCCACGCGCCCCUCUCCAUGCCUCAUCACAUCCCACGCGCCCCUCUCCAUGCCUCAUCACAUCCCACGCGCCCCUCUCCAUGCCUCAUCACAUCCCACGCGCCCCUCUCCAUGCCUCAUCACAUCCCACGCGCCCCUCUCCAUGCCUCAUCACAUCCCACGCGCCCCUCUCCAUGCCUCAUCACAUCCCACGCGCCCCUCUCCAUGCCUCAUCACAUCCCACGCGCCCCUCUCCAUGCCUCAUCACAUCCCACGCGCCCCUCUCCAUGCCUCAUCACAUCCCACGCGCCCCUCUCCAUGCCUCAUCACAUCCCACGCGCCCCUCUCCAUGCCACCCCAGGGCGACCCUGCAGACCUCCCUGUCUCUUCCCCUAG